AUGCCUUGCAUUCUUAAAGUGAGAAUAUCUGGUAUAAGAGACUUUAAUACCUUCGAAAAAUCAGAAUUAGAUUCUUUUAAAUAUAUUGAAGAGAAACAAAGCAAAGAACAAAAUUUAGUUAGUACACAGAUAAUAAUAAAUUUAUAUAUAUGUAUAUGUGGUCCACAUUAUAUCAAUAGAAGUACGAAUGAUUUAAAUUUGUCCUUUCGAUUAGAAAUUGCCGAUGAUUCAGAGCUUCAAACAAAUCCACUUAAAAUAACAAUUGAUGAUGCAGAAAAUAUAAAUAAUGGUUACAUACAAAUAGAUUUAAGUUUUUUUUAUUUUCAUGAUAAUUUAAAACUAGAAGGGUGGUUUCCAUUAUACGAUUCGCUAGCUGGACUUAAAGGUGAAUUGUAUUGCAUAAUAAAAUGGGAGUUCUUCGAGGAAAAAAAUCCGUACAAUGAGAACAGUUCGGGUACUACGUUCUUCCCAAAUAAUUCCCCUUAUUACAUUGAACAAAUAAUAGACUUUGCAAAUGAACUUAAAAUUGUAAACGACCCCGAAUAUGAUUGGAAGGACUUAAUUCGAUCAAACAGAAACUCUAAUGAGGCAAGAUGUGACGUAAUACAAAAUUCAUUUAUGCAAACUAGAAAGCUCAUAGGAAAAAAGGCUAAACUUCUUGGGGGAAAUGCAAUAUUAGGUUAUCAAGAACACCUAAAUUUAGAAGGGAGCACAACAAAUAAAAUAUGUAUUCGUAUCACAGGAACUGUUGUCAAAUUAGGAAUAAAGAAUUUGAAUGAAAUAAAUAAUAUUAAUAUUAAUCAGAAUAGUACGAUAAAAAAUAUUUUAAGAAAUAAUGAAUUUUUUUUCGAAAAUAGUAUGGAGAGAAAUAAAGAUAUGAAAUAUAAUAAAAGGGAAAGUUUACAACCGAAUGCAUCAUAUAAUUUCGUUGAUGUAAUGUUACUCACAUUGGAUUCCUUACCAGAUAACAUAAAAUAUACUUAUGGUGGACUGGUUGCAUCAAAGGCUGUUAAAAUUUUACAUCCAAGGCUCACAGAAGAACAAAGAGAUGAGUGGUUAUUAGAAAUAAGGGACGAGCUCAAGUCGAAUGCUAAAUUUUUGUCCUGUAACGUUGUUCUAGGUUACAAAGAAGACACAUACAUAUUCAGCGAUGUAAUAGUCUUAUUUUGUUAUGGAACAGCAAUAAAUAUAUUACCCUCCUUUUUUUACGAUGAAAAAAUUAUAUCUUUCAUAAAUAAAGAUGUACCUAAAACAAAUAUGUUUAAAAGUAAUUCAAUUAAUUCUCAUAAGAAUGUUAAUUGUAUUUAUUUACACUCCGCCUCAGAUGAAAAUGAAAAUAACAAAGUUCCAUGCAGGGUGUGUAAGGAAUCUUUUGUUCCUAAAAUUUACAUAUCUUCGGCUGUUAUACCGCAAGAUUUGGCCUUAAUAGGAAACGGUUUUUUAAUAUCCGCCUUUGUUAUUUAUCCUUUGAAGAAACACUACGGGGAAUACCUGGCCUCAGAAAUAAGUGAAAUAUUACCCUUUCUUGAAUUAAAUUUACACAAACAAAUAAUCUGCAAGUUAUUAGUAAACGGAUUUAACAGUAUUUUUGACUAUAAUUUAAAGUUAUGUUUUAAUCAGAAUUAUUUAUUUGGUUAUUGCUAUGGUACGGGCAUGUGUACUUAUGGUAUAUAUUCUGAUAAUAAAUUUUUAAUUAAAUCUAAUUAUAAAGAUAAUUUUUAUAUAAGAAACAAAUGUAUGGGUACUCUUGAAUUAAAAGGUAUAUAUGAUAAUAUUAACUAUCGAUCCUUUUUUUGUAAAAACAAAAGUUUAAUUUCACCUGUGUAUUUAAGGGGAGAUAUAAUUUAUAACAACGACUUAAACAUGGAAAAAAAUAAUAAACAAUCAUUUUAUCAUAUGAAUAAUAAAAGGAGUAAAGAGAAUUCGGGGUUUUAUAAUUCUGAAAUAAAUGCAAUAAAUGAUAUUAUGAACAGUUAUGAAAAUGAUGGAGGGAAAAAAAAAGUUCAAAGGCAAAAAAAGGAUCAACAGGAAUAUGAUGAAAAUGAUACAUAUAAAAAAAAAAAUAAAGAAAGGUAUGAUGAAGAUAAUAACAGUGAAGAACCAGAAGAUAAACAUAAAAUAGAGGAGGAAGACGAAGAAAAUGACCAACGAGAUGAUGAUCAGUAUAAUGAUAUAGGUUCGAAUAAACGUCAUUCCAGGGAUGAUACAUAUAACAAAAUUAUAAAUAAUAAUUACUUUAGAUUAAAAGAAAUAUAUAUGAAAGAAGAAAGUGAUUUAUUAAAUGAAAAUAAUGAUAAAAAUAAACAUGGAGAUUUUUAUAACAUAAAAAGUGACGAUCUUAAUAAUUCAAAUAUUGGAGUAAGACAAAGAAAAAGGAAAAAAAAAAAAAAGAAAAAAUUAAAGCAAAAAGAAGAAAAAAUAAAGGAUAUGUAUACGAAGUAG